AUUGAUCAUUACCUCCACACUGACACUCUGGACCCAUCAUGGAGCAGGGGAAGGUGAGAUAAUCCUCAGCGGAGGCUGUUUUUACACGUGUUUUUAACAAAAGUUGAAUAUUCUGAAUAAUGCUGGUUGAAUGAUGGUGUCGCUUUGUUGCUGACAGAGAAUGAAAGGGUUAAAUUUUGUCACUUCAACAUGCAGAGGAAAACAGCUUUUUCAUGAGUGUGCUGUGUGCGUGCGUUGUCCUUGAGUCUCUUUAAAGCACAUUCAAAAUGUUUCAACUGAUCAGUCAUGUAAAGUUUGAAAAAUAUACGAUUUUUUAUUGUGAAAAAAUAUUGAUGAGUUGGCUGUUUACUGUAUUCUCUUUCAUAUGAGUUAGUAUUACACAACUGCACCUAAGAGUCUAGUCACACACACUCCUCAUUAGUGUGUAUUUGUGCAUGCAUUUGUGUGUGUGUCCUUGUCUGAUUGAUCACCCUGCUCUCGCUCCUGCAGCAGCUAACAGGUACUCUGGCUGUAGCUGUGUUUACAGCCGUACUGGGAUCUCUGCAGUAUGGCUACAGCCUCGGAGUCAUUAACGCACCACAAAAGGUAGAAUCACCUUCAACACACACACACACACACACACAAACAGACACACUUUGAGCAACCCAUUCGUCCAAGCACAAUGACUGCUGCAUGCAAAACGGGAAAUCUAUAUGAGACGCCCAAGGGUCACUGUCUCUAUAAGACAAGAAAAGGUCCUUUGUUUGACUCUCCUGCAGCUCCAGAGAUAAUUAAAGAGUCGGAGAAACCAAGACACAGACUGAGGCUUUUUAAAACAGCAUGGAAAAAAAAAAUUCUUCUAAAGUUUUGUGAAGGUCCUUAGGAAGUUAUUAAAAAAGAAAAAUGAACAUUUUGCAAUUCUACUGAGAAGAAUCCUCAGAACUGUAAUAGAAAUUUUACAAUUAAUAGAUUAAAAAGUGAAAAUUGUAGGAAAAGUCAUUACAAUCAGAGAUAAAAGUCAGAAUUAUGAGUUUAAAGUCAAAUCCUGAAAUAAAAGGUUAAUGAUGUUGGAUAUGAAAAAAUCCUCAUUAAUGAAUUUAAAGUCAAAGAUGUAAGAUAAAAAGACAAAAUUAUAAUUAGGUAAUACUAGAUGAUGAUGAUAAUGAUGACAAUGAUAUGGGAUAAAAUAAAUCCUAAUAAUUGGAAAAAGUCAAUACAUAAUGGAAAAAAAGUCAGCACUGUAAGAUUGAUAUCAGAAUUGAUUAUCACAAACUUAUCAGAUUUAAAGUUGAUCAAAUUUAAAUUCAAAAAUCGACUUUAUGAGAGAAGAAAGCAAAGACCUGAUGAAUCCGUAAAGACUGAGAUAAAACCCAAAAUCAGAAGAACAUCUCAAAUUAGUGAGGAAAAGAGUUGAUGACAUGAAAAUUUGAAAAACAUUUUAAUCCAUGAAAAGUUUGACAUGAAAAAAGUCAAAUUUCUGAGCUGAAAAUAAAAAAAUUGUUUAGAAAUUUUUUAAAAUAAAGGUCCUGAAAUAUCAAAAGUUAUCCUGAAAUUUUAACCUCUAUACUUAAAUGUGUUGCUGACUGUCUCAUCAUUUUAAUUCCUAUUUUUUAUUACUGAGAUUAAAUAACCUAUCUUUUUAUUUUGUGAUUCUUACUAUCUCAAAUUUUCAGCUUUUUUAUCAUAAUUUCAGCUUUUAUAUUUUCGUUUUUUUGUUCUGUCUUAAACCUUUAAAGGAAUCAGCACCACAGAACAUCUCUGACCUCUUAAAUCUUAAAUGUUUAAACCUCCCCACGUCCCUCGAGGUCUGCUGAUCAGCUCCAACUCGUUGUCCCUAAAACUCGUUUGAAAGCCCGUGGCGACAGAGCUUUCGAAUUGCCACUCAAGAUUAAAACGUCCCCCACACUUUAUCCUUUUAAAUCGCGUCUUUAAAACUCAUUUUUAUUCCUCGGCUUUUAGCUCAGCAUGACAGUUGUGUGAUCUUUGUCCUUUUAUGUCUUUUUAUGGUCCUUUUAUCACUUUAUUUUCUUUUAUGCUUUUGUGUUUUUAUUUCAUUUAUUUUAUUCCAUUUUAAAUGUUUUUUAAGCUGCUUUUAUUUAUUUCCUCAUGAUGUUUUUGUUUGUUCUUUUAAAUUUUACUGUGCAGCACUUUGGCAAACUCUAAUGUUUUUUAAAAUGUGCCAUGUCAAUAAAGCGGAUUGGAUAUCAGCUUUUGUAAUAUCUGAAUUAUUGCGAAAUACUUUUAAAAAGAUCUUUUAAUGGUAUUUAAUUUAAUUUCGAUACUACUUACUCACUGUCUCGUUUCAUCUCACUAUUUUUAAUAACCUCGUGUUUUUUUCUCUCAUCUCAUUAAUUUUAACAUGUUAUGUUGAUUUUUUCAUCUCAUACUUUUACCUGCUUUCACCCUGAAUUGGAUGAGUUUUUAAUUAAGCUCUUGUUUUAAUUUUUAUUGCUUAUGCAUAACUAUGAGAGUUUUCAGAGGCUGUCCUAAUGUCUCUGAAGAUCAAUCAUUCAUAAAUUAUUAGAGUCUGUAGGUGUGAUUUUGAAGUAAUCAGGUUAGUUAUUCAUUAUAAUUCAUCUGGUCUUGUUUCAGAACAAAAGUAGAACAGGAUGAUCGCUUUAAUCCAGCUCAUGAUGGUCCAUAAAUGUGUCGUUUUCUGUCACAGGUCAUUGAGAGGCAUUAUGGCCGCUCUCUGGGUAUUUGGUCAGAGAGGUCUGCAGUCCUGUCAGAAAACAGCACAGAAGAAGACGAGCAGAUGGAUGUGGGAAAGCACCCCGCUGUGGUCAUGUACUGGUCGCUGUCUGUGGCGAUCUUCUCCAUUGGCGGCAUGCUGUCCUCCUUCCUGGUGGGAUUUGUGGGGGAUCUAAAAGGGAGGUAAGAAAGAAAAGUUAAAUAAUGACAGAGUGCAAACUGAAAGCUACGUGUAAGAAAAAAACGUUCCUCGGGAGAAGGAUGGAGUUAUUUUUAUCUGUGACUUUUAAGAUUUUAUUUGUGUAUUUAGUUUUUAAAUUUUUGUUACAUGAUGAGUUUUUAUUUUUUAGGAAUAUCAUUUCUAUUUAAUUCAUUAUAUUUCACUAUUAAUUGUAUUGUUUCAUGUUGUAUCGUAUCUUUACUGUAUUAUUACUUUAUCAUAUCAUGUCGUGAUGUAACUCUUUCAUAUCUUUAACCGAUUGUGUUGUAUUGUAUCAUAUCAUCUUAUGGUUCUGUAUCACUUAAAGCUGGAUAACAAAUGUCAAAAGGAAAUAUGUUAAACUUGGACUGAACACAAAAGUUACAAUUACUACAAUUGAUCUAUUUUUUUUAUUGUCAUUUUGAAAUUUGCCAUAAAAGACACUGAACUUUGACCCCAAACCUCAUUCACCUCCUCAAGUAGAUUAAAACUACUCCCAGGAUGUAGUCAUACAGUUUUUUUUUUGUCCUUCUUAUUUUGUAUCUCUCUGUCAUUUUUGCAUCUUUUUCUGUUUUGCAGAAUAAAGGGCAUGUUGAUGAUCAAUGUUCUGGCUAUAGCUGCUGGACUGCUGAUGGGUCUUUGCAGGAUGUGGAAACCUCACUUCAUGGUGAUCUUCGGCCGUGCUGUCAUGGGUUUUUACUGUGGUACACUAAAAUACAUGUUAUAACCUUCGAUAGUAAAACAACUAUGCAGGAAAUUGCAAAGCUAAUUCUCCAAGUUAUGUACAUUUGUAUCAUGUGUGUGCUUUAGGGUUGUCGUCUGGGUUAGUGCCUAUGUACAUUGGGGAGAUUGCACCCAAAGCUUACAGAGGAGCUCUGGGAACAUUACACCAGCUGGCUGUUGUCACUGGCAUCUUAAUCAGCCAGGUGAGACGUACUUAAACCAAAACACCACAUACACAGCAGCGUCUUUUCUUACGGCAUCCUAAAACAUCUGACUUACACUGCAGGUGUGUGCUUUUUGUGUGGUUGCAGGUAUUAGGGCUGGACUUCGUUCUGGGUAAUGAUGAUAUGUGGCCCGUGUUGCUUGGGUUGUCAGGAGCUCCAGCAGUUUUACAGUCUGUUCUGCUGUUUUUUUGCCCGGAGAGCCCCAGAUACCUCUAUAUUCUGCGAAACCAGGAGCAAGAGGCUAAGAAAAGUAAAUCAUGAAAAAAUCAUCCUUUCAUGUUUCACACCUAACCAGUUGCUUAUGGUAGCUUCGUACUUCUUAUAGCUCUCUAACUGAUAUGAAAGCUUCUCUUGGUCUUACUUACCACAACCUUCACUCGUAUGAAAAGGCCUUAAACUUUUGCACAUUACUAAAUAAGUUCUUCACUUAUUUUUUUUGCUUCCAUUUGUGUUUUGUUGCAGUUCUGCUUCGUCUGAAAGGGGCUUAUGAUCCCUCUGCUGAUCUAGAGGAGAUGAGGAAAGAGAAGGAGGAGUCAGACAGGGAGGCCAGAGUCUCCAUCCUCUCUUUGGUAAGUCUCUAUCCUCUAGUUUUUAAAGACAUGCACCAAAACUAUGCAAAAAAGUUCCCUUGUGAAUUUGUGUGUGAAAUUUUACUUGUGGGGAAAAAAACAAACACUUAAAGACCUCUAAUCUCCCUUAUUUCAUGCAAGUCAGCAGAAAAUUGGUCAAACCAGCGUGAUAUUAAGUGAAAUUACUUUAAUAGUCACACAGUAUUUGACACAUUUCAUUUCAUAACAACUGGACUGUGGAGAUAGUGUGAUUUUUCAGUCAACAGAAGUAUGACAGUAGUAUUUCCUCACUCUUGUUAUGUGUGUUAUUUCCUGAUCUGAUUUCUUUUAGAUUCGCUCCUCUGUCUACAGACAGCAGCUGCUCGUUGCUCUCAUGAUGCAUCUCUCCCAGCAGUUGUCUGGAAUCAAUGCGGUUAGUGGAAACUUAAAUUUAACUCGAUCAGUUCAUUGCUCAUUAAAUCAACAGAAAUAGUACGUUUAUCGUAAAUUUGAUGGCAUUAAUGGUCAAAGGAAAUAGUGUUUUGUGAAAAAUGUCCUCAUGAGUCAGAUCUACAUUAACCCUGGAACACUAUCGCUAAAAUUAGUAACACCAUCACUAUCGCCGGGUGAUUAUUACCUGAAACAGUAUACCCAAGAAAAAGUACUUGUCAUCAAAAUAUAUCAAAAUAGGACAAAACAUGACAAAUUAAUGUCCAAAGGGAGGCCAAAAAAAGUGUCAUGAGGGGACCAUAUAAAAAUGCAACAAAAUUAACUGUAAUCUUUGUUGUGCUAAAUAAAGAUAACGUGCAAAUUCCAGGACCACUCUUACUGACUUUAUUCGCCUACAUGCAGCUAUCAAAUCCACCCAAAUCUACUUUACCCUCUAUCACUAUUGCCGGGUGAAAAUCACCCUGUGAACACGUGUCUGUAGGAAAAAGCAGGUUUUGGAUCAGGGACACAAGUAUGCCUUCAAAGAUGUCAAAGGCAAUGCUGAAGCUACCCAGAGACCCAUGAUACUCAGACAAACGCAACAUAAUGAAAAUCACGUAAACAUGUUUGGUGAAAAUCACCCGGCGAUAGUGUUCUAGGGUUAGAAAAAAAUCUAAACGUACAGUUCAAUAAAAGAGCAAUACUUGAGAAAUUCCCAACACACAAACUAAACCGAACAACAAUCUACAAAUCCACCUGUUUUCUCUUUAAGAUAUUUUAUUACUCUACGAGUAUCUUCAGUCAAGCCGGCGUGGCUGAGCCGGUCUACGCCACUAUAGGAGUCGGGGCCAUAAACACAGUCUUCACACUGGUGUCUGUGAGUGAUCAUGUCUCCACAAACACACACACGCAGAUGCAAACACAUGUACAAAUAAAUAAAAACAAAAGAAGCUGUUUCUUUUUUUUCUUUUAGACACACAGGCCAACUACAAUAAACAGCGUGUUGUCUGUUUUAGGUCGCACUGGUGGACAGAGCUGGCAGGCGCACUCUGACUCUGGUCGGCCUGGGCGGGAUGUGCUGCUGCGCCGUCGCCAUGACUGUGGGCCUCAAACUCCAGGUUUGUUUCAAAUCAGUAAACUGAGCUUUAGAUUAGUUUGACGACUUGGGCUGAACUUUUCUAUACUUGUAGAAUUACUAAAUAUCAGUGGUCUGGCCUGAAACAGCAUCUCUACUCUGUAUAUAUCUGCUUUUUAAAGGUUUAGGCAAUGCUGUGUUGAGCAGUUUCCUGUAAAAUCAGGAUUAAGAAUAAGAAUAAGAAGAACUUUAUUAAUCCCUGAAGGGAAAUUCAAUUGUCUGUCAUCUCAUUUGUCAUGUCUCUAAAAGUCAUCUACUAUUUACAGAAGAGUUGUAAAGUCUGACAGCGGUGGGUACAAAAGAUUUUCUGAAUCUUUCUGUCCUGCAGCGAAGAGAGAGGAGCCGUCCACCACCAUAGAAUAGCUGCUCUUGCGUAUACGGUUAGAUGAUGGGACAGUUUCGGUCUGUUUUAGGGGAAUAAAAAAAUGAUUAAUCUGUCUUCCUGCAAGAAGACUUUCAUUGUGUUCGGCAAUGCGCAUGUACUGCAUAACAGUAGGAUGACAGCAGAACUAAUGGUUGUCACAUACAGAUAAGACUCCACAGUUUGUCCACUGUUUGGACAUUUCCACGUAUAACAAAUAUAAAUUUUAAUUUGUCCACAGGGGGCGCCAGAAUCAAUACAAAGUGAAAGUUCCUUGCAGGAGCUUUAAACCGUUUUAGUUUUUGAAAUAUCAUGUUCAGUAAAAUGUUGCUUUUUUCUGCUUUAAAUGUUGUGUUUUGACUUCUGGGUUUCCGUAGAGGACAGAGUUUUCAAAGGUUUGGCUCAUGGAAAAGCUAAACUCACUCAAUAGAGUGAAACAAACAGGACACCAAAAGGACAUUAGGUGGUCUGUUUGUUGGAUAGCUGACAGGAAUCAGUUUUUCCUGACUCAUGUAAUCUUCCCUCCAGAGUGACUUGCCCUGGAUGAGCUACGUCAGCAUGGCAGCUAUCUUCCUCUUUGUGAGCUUCUUUGAGGUUGGUCCCGGUCCCAUCCCGUGGUUCAUAGUUGCUGAGCUGUUCAGCCAGGGACCCCGACCAGCUGCUAUUGCCCUUGCUGGCUGCUGCAACUGGACCAGUAACUUCAUCAUAGGCAUGACCUUUCCUUACAUUCAGGUAAGCAGCGGGGACACAGAGGCUGUGCUGGGAUUGCACAUGCACUUCUAUAUCUGUUUGUUUUCACCUCAUUCACAGAAAAUCAGUCACACCAUCAAUCUUUUAUUUCCGUGUCUCUUUUCCAGGGUUUGUUGGGUGUUUAUGUGUUUGUCCUGUUUGCCGCUCUGCUUUUCGGCUUUACUGUGUUCACUUAUUUCCGGGUUCCUGAGACCAAAGGCAAAACCUUUAAGGAGAUUGCUGCCAUCUUCCAAAAGGGGAGAAAAGAGGGUGUUAAAGAUGCUGUGGAACUACAGCAACUCAAAUCCUCAACAGACGCCUGAAGUGACGUGCAGCCUUGUGAUCUAUCAGUGUGAAAUCUGACAGUAUUUUAAUGUGAUGUGUUUAUAUACAUUCAUCCUCUAUCAUAAUUAUUCAUAAUUACAAAGUUUGACAUCUUUACAUAGGGUAUCCUCUUUUCAUGUACAUUUACAUACAGAAAUACAUUCAUUGUGACAGCUACCCUACGAUAUGCUAUUUCCGUUAAACUGCAUGGAGUGUUGUUUACAUUUAAUCAAAAUAGAAGCUGAAAUGCAGUAUUCUUGUCAUCAGACAAAAUGUCUCUGUGUUAGAAACGUGUAUAAUUAAAGCUUUAGAGAGUUUUUAUCUGACUUUGCAGCUCUGCCUAAAGUGUUUUUAUGAUGUUGCCGUCGAGCUCAACAAAGUGGACAACUGUCUUUAAAAAUACAUCUCUACAAACACACAUCGCUGUCUUUACAGUGGCAAAUGGCAAGCAAAUAUAGUUUUAAUACAUAUGGUGAAUAUAGUGGCGCGUUUGAGAGCUAAUGAGGUGGAUUAUACUGUAUAUUUACUACUAUAUAUACUGUAUACUUAUUUUAGCAAAAAACAGUGUAAUAGCUGUUUGUUAACAAUGAAGGAUGAAUUUUGAAUCUAUAAGCUCUAUGUUUCCCCUAUCAGUGCUGCUUUAAGAGUUUGCUUUUGCUGCUCCCUGGUGGUGUUUAAAGCUAAUGUACCCUCUCAUACUACCUAAACUGUCUGCUGUACUGUGCCAUUGUAGAUAAACGAUCUCUGUGUAUAUACAUGAAAUAUCACAGCAUUUAUUGCCCUUAAAUAUAAUCAUUGAUUGAUAUCGAAGAAA